AUGUGGCCACCAUCACCAAGCUCGGCCGUAAAUGUCGAGGUAAACAAAGGAUAUGUCGUGGAAGUAUGGUCUUGGUACACAAUUGGUAUGAUAAUCAUUGCGCUCCGUCAUGGUGUGCGCCUUCGAACUGUGGGCUUUGGAGGAUAUCAAGGGGAUGACUAUCUCUCUUUUCUCGCCAUCAUCUUAUACACGGUCGACUCCACCCUAGGCUACCUCGCCUACUAUGCUGGUGGUAACAUUAGCGUUAAGCCCGACCAGGUCGACUCGCUCAGCGACGAAGAUGUAAGGGUCCUCGAAUGGGGCAGCAAAAUGGAAUUUGUAACCUGGUACACUUACCCGGCCUUUGUCUGGGUCAUGAAGUUCAGCAUCCUGUUCUUCUACCAGCGCCUGGGCGUAGGCCUAAUAAAAGAGAGCACCAUCAAGCUCCUCUUUAUUUUUUGCGGCGUUACCUGGGCCGCCCUUGUAGCGAGCGUGAGCCUAACCUGCCUACCUUUUCACAACAAUUGGACGGUGUGGCCAUUACCCGGCGAACGCUGCAUCUUUCGCGCGCAAAACUUUUACGCCCUGGCCGUGCUUAAUAUCGUUACCGACGUCUGCAUCCUAACCAUCCCGGCUCCCAUGCUUUGGCACCUGCGCGUGUCGAUAUGGAAGCGUAUCGGCGUUACCUGCCUGCUUUGCGGCGGCCUUUUCGUUAUUUCGGCCGCCAUUAUCCGCUGCGCCCUGACCCUGACUGCGGCGCCCAGCGUCCUUACCAUUAACAUUUGGGGCUACAGGGAGACGGUUAUUGCGCUCGUGGCCGUCACGGCCCCGGUCCUGAGCCCGCUCUUCCGCAAGGGCUUUUGGAGGCGAGGCGGGUGGGUGCGCAGGCCGUCGACGGACCCGCAGCGCCGCGUGGCCGAGGCGGAGCUCAGGGAUAUCGAGAGGAGGCGAAGGUUCUCACCGGGUUGGGACUUUGGGAGCAGCAUCAUGAAGUCGUCCUUUGCGACGGUCAAGUCGAGCAUGAGGUCCGCCAUUGCGACCACCACCACCAGGACGGCGCAUCAUGGGGAUUCGGACCUUGAGGCUAGUGCUGGUGCAGACGGUGGCGGUGAUGCCCGCGGGGGUUGGGGUGGCCGUCGUCGUCAUCGUGCUCCCCAGAUGAAGUCGACAGGCACUCAGACUAUGGGUGCUGCUGAUUUCCAGACAAUUCAGCCUGGUACCAAGGGCUCCGGGAUGGAAUUCAUCACCGGGUCUUCUCUGCUGGCCGUCAGUGAAGAUGAGAACCUUUCGAGGCCUGAAACGGGCAACAACGAGAAAGGAAACAAGGACAGGGAAGACGGCGAGAGGCAAGACAGCCGAUCGAGGCCCGAAGCGAGCAGCAAGGAGACCAAGGGAAAAUCUUUGCCGUCUGAAAAUGACAAAAAUGACGAUGACGAUGACGAUAAAUUAUCGCGAUACGAAACGACCAAGGAGAAAGAGGAUAUUAAAUCAAUACGGUCUGAAAAUGUUCAAAAUGAGAAAUCAGAACAAGGACCAUCUCAAUAA